GCAAAUCAUUCCCAGCUGAGUCAUUCCUGGAUCAACUCUCUUGCGUGCAUAGAGAGUCCAUCAGAAAUGUGCUACAAAUGAAGCACCUCACCAUGGUGGAGCUGAUCCAAACCUGUGAUCGGAUCAGCAGCUGGGUGUAUGCUGCCACCAAAGAGGUGAUUCUGCCUGCCAUCACCAAAUAUGAGGCUGCGGUCCACAUUAACGGUUAUACCCCCUGCCCCAUAGUCAGGAGUCUGCCCAACACCGUGAAGAUGGCCGAGAAGACCCCCACCAGGAAAAUGGAGCUUCAAACUCCAGGUGAAAUUCUCUCCUUAGCAGUGCGUGGAGCACGGUCCAAGAUGCAGGAGGCUGCCUCUCUCAGGAGGCCCCUCCCUGUUCAGCGUGUCCUCCUCCUCGAGUAUCAGGCGGCUCGCGCGCUGCAGGUCAAGAGAGACGCACUGAGGCUGGAGGGCCCCGCCGAGAGCGGCACGUACGGACGCAGCCGCAGCACCAUCGAUGAGGAGAACGCCCCGCUCCUCGAGGAAAGCUUGACUGAGGAGGCGGCCAUCACGGCCGACAGCAUAUUCACCUUAGUUGUGUCCAUGGCACCAUCUGGCAAGAGCCAUUUGGAGGGUAUUGAGCGCUCGGACAUGUCCCAUUCUGUGCCACUGGCCGGUUUGGGUAAAGUCUUUGUGGGAGUCCAGCGGGGGGCGCAUCACACUUUCCCCAGGGCCCUGAGCUGCCGAGUAUAUCAGAUGCUCCUGGACACCCUUUUGGGGAAAAUAUCAUCUAUCCCUGACUGCCAGACCAAACCCAUUCUAGAGGAAAUGGCAAGCCACUGGCGCCUGCACAAAGUCUUCUUCUCCUCUGUGCUCUGCAAGUUCAUGGAGAGGGCAGUGAAGAGCCUUUUGGAGCUAUUCCUGGGUUUCCCUGAGACACCACGCCAGACUGGGGAACUUCGCGAGGUGUAUUGGUGGAUCUAUGGAGAUGGACGGAUGUCAUCUGCCAGUGGUACUAUGGACGACGACUCCUCUUUUGUGUCGGAGUCCAGCCUGCUGUGCCAUGAAUUGGAAGUCCCGGAGACCAUCCAGGACGACGGAGAUGGACAGAGAUCAUUUGCCAGCGGUGCUCUGGACGACUCCUCGUUAUGGUCGGUGUCUAGCCUGCUGGGCCGUCAUGAACGGGAAGCCCUGGAGGCCUUAACCGGUGUGGUGGUCAGUCAGGCCAGGGAUGACCUCCGUAACAACCGUCAGAGGGGCACAGCUUCUGUGUUCAAGAGGUCCAACUCUAAGUCUGUGGCAAACAAUCCCCCCGAGCCUGGGAAAGAGGAGCUGCCCACAGUCCCUCAGGUCUCCUCUUCUAAUGCAAACUCUGGGAUACCAAAGAUGUGUGACAAUAACGUGGGCUCUCAGGAUACCAUGAUGGAUGUGGGGAAGAGCUCCUCCUCCAUUCCGUCCAUCCCUGUUUGUCCCGAGGAGCAGAAAGGGACACAUGUCUGUGACUCAGGCUCAGGUGUGGGGCAAAUGCAGCAAGAUGAGAAGACGCCCUCCUCGCCUAAAGUGUGCAGGACCAAGCGUUUCAGGCUUUUCUCAUCCAAGCGCCACAAUAAAGUGCUUCCAGUCUUCUCUCCAGUUCAGACCAACUCCAAGAAACCAUCUUUCUUCUCCCGCAUGUCUACAGCUCUCUCUAAGGCCUUCUGCUUUAAGUAGAGAUUGAGUUCAGCGAGACAUGGACAAAAACUCAGUGUGGAAUUGUACCAUCCUUUCCCUAAUCUCUGCCCUUAAA